GUUUUGUAGAAGUUAACGUGCGCUGCAUGACAGAACCAGAAACCCGUAAUCAGCGUUAGUUAUUGUCGCGCUUGCAAAUUAUCGUGGAAUUUUGUUUCUGAAUAUAUUCAGCAUAUUUUGCCGGCACAUUAAGAUGAUUGAUGAACCGAAUGUGUAUUACGAGCAGCUGCUGUCCGUCAUUCGACCGAAUCCGCUGUGUCCCAACGGCAAAAUCUUGUUGUGCAAAUGGUUGACGGGAGAUUUUAAGGACCGCUACACCGGAUUAUGGGGACCAGCACCGACGAAUGAUGAUCACAGUUUGCGACAGGCGCUUGUCCGACUCGCAGCAACGGCCAAUGGAACGUCUUCCUAUCCUAAAAUCCAAUCGGACAAACUUGAGCUGAUGGCCGUGCUGCGUUUCGAUGUACCUGUGGACAAUCUGGAAUACAUUUACGUGACUGAGUUGGGCCCGAGCGCUCUGAAUACGCCGGGAUCACGACACAAUUCCGAUUCUGACUCGCCACUGACCCCGACCGGCAAAGUGAGCAGCGUCAAUCCGUUCACCCAGAACGCCACGUUCAUCUGCGAAUGGUUCGAUCUGGAUAAAAUACCCUACGCGCAGAUGCCGGCCGACGAUUUAAUCUGGUACGCGAAAGUCUUGGACGGAAAACGCGUGGAAGGAUCGUUCAGUUUUGCCGGCGAGCCGAAAUACACCGUCAAAAACUUUGUCCUCAACGAGGUGAAACAUCUCGUGGAACCUGGAGACAUAAUCGCUCCAGCUGCCUACGACUAGCGAAACUAGUAUAAUAGCUAACAUCGUCAUAAAUUUAUUAUCAUUUUGGAACUUAUGGCGACACUACGUACCUGUCCAUUGCACGGCUUUGGCGGUCAGUAAAUGCACAAAGAUUGCUCAUUUUCCUACAUUUGCUACUUCGUAUUUAACUUUCAUUGAUUUAAUGAUUUUUCUAUGGAUUAAAUCAUUGUUGUGAAUUUCUCACAAUCGGUUUCAGACUUUCAGUAAACCAUUUAGUUGCAUACUUUCGAGUUAAUUGUGGCAUUUCGUGUGCACCAUCCAUUUGGUUGAUUAAAGCUCGAUUAUUGA